AAAGAGCUAGCUAGCCUAAUUUAUUUAGUAAGUAUCAAAAUAUCGCUACAUAUUUGUUGCAUAAAAAUGUCUGCAGUUCAAUGCGAUUAUGAGCUUGAUAUUGAUUUGAACCAUGUAUGUCGCAUAUGCGUUUCGCAAACGGAUACCAACGAGCAUAUGUUUAACAUAUUCUCGAACAUCAUUGUUGAUGGUUUUCUAGCAAAACUUCCAGAUAUCAUAUUGUUCUGCGUGGAUAUUAAGGUUGUUCGAAAAAAUGGAAUUUCUUGCAAAAUAUGUCAAAAUUGCCGAGAAACACUGCUGAAAUUUUACGUUUUUAAACAGAAGUGCCAACGUACAGAACAAUUACUGCAACAGGCUAUUCCAACUAGUGAUGGUAAUAAUCGUAUAGCAGUUAAUUCUGCAGAGGCUUCAGAUGAAACACAAGUUGGACUCCCACUCAAAUUGGAUGAAGAAAUAGUUGAAUUUUUAGACGAAGCAAAUUUCUAUCAUACGCAGGCGACAAGUGAUGAAUCGAAUUCUGAGACUAACCAACAUCGUCAGUCGGAUGAGAAUUUUGAGAGCUCAAGUGGUAACCCGGAUCAGUAUUCAGGGAAACAUUGCGAAACUGAAUCGCUUUCUAUAAGUAUAGCUAAUAAUGAUCAAGAUAAUAGAGAACGCGAACCAGAAUUACAGUUAAACGAUAAAAUGAUGGUUCGUUUAAACGCAGAUGAAGCUCACACUAUAGAUGCGCAUAGUUCUGCGUUUAGUAAACAUUGUGAUACAAAAGAAUAUCUCCAAGAAGUAUCUUCAAAGGAUCACGAAAAACUCAAUAAUAAUUUAUUGAUUUGUACAACAUGUGGUAGAAAGAUUAAUGGAAAAAUGCGCCUUUUGCGGCAUAUGAGACAACAUGAGGGUAGUGCUAACAUUAUUGAUGUUUUUAUGUACUAUAUCUGUGAGAUUUGUAAGAUGGUCUUUUUAAAACGUGAUAAACUAAGUGAUCAUUUGCGCCUGAAUGAACAUCCCAUGUUAACGAAGGACAACAAUAAUGAUAAACCAUACAACUGCAGUGUUUGCUCUGAGAAACAUUGUAGGUUGGAUGACAUGAAGCAACAUAUUCUGUCCCAUUUAAAACACUUUUCUUGCCCUUUCGAUGGUUGUGGUUGCGAGUACAGUUCAUCUGCUCGACUAGCAAACCACAUUAAUAGUAAGCAUAUAGAGUAUGAGUCAUACAAAUGCUGCCAUUGUGGUUCAGACAAAUUCGAGUCUAUGUUUGAAUUACAAGAACACCUCCGUAAAAAAUGUACGGAGAAGAAGUUUCACUGUCACCAUUGUGAUAAAAAAUUUUCAACAUCUAGAUCAUUAGCACAACAUCUGAGGUGUUUGGAGAAACGACACUGCUGCAUCGAAUGUGGAAAAUUUUUUGCCCAACCUGGUGAACUUACAUUACAUUUGCGAACACAUAAUGGGGAUCGACCAUUCUAGUGUACCGUUUGUGGCAAGAAUUAUCGUACUGCUUCAUUUAGGACUGCUCAUAUGGACUCUCAUAUUAAUGGCAAGACGUUUGAAUGUCAUUUAUGUGGCAAAAAAUUGCAAUCACGUACCUGCUACCGUAAUCAUGUGAAGCGUCAUUCGGAAGAGAAAAAACACGCUUGUGAUGUUUGCGAAAAAAAAUUUUACACAAAAUAUAAUGUAAAAGUGCAUAAAGCGAAAGUGCAUAAAUUAAGUACGGCUAAACCAUAAAAAUUACAUAUACAUAAGUAUUUUGGUUAUUGGUUAAGGCAUAUUUGAAGAGGUAUUUUGUACUUUUUCGAUGUAAAACUAGUAAUUAUUAUGCUGCCGGCAGCUGAGCGCGGUACACUCUAGAAUAACUUUAACUCGCAGAAAAAAUUCAGCCAGGACUUCGCGAAUCAAAAAAGGUUGGGAACCACUGCUCCAGAAAGCAGUUCCUUUUCCUUGCUGACCGGGAACGAACGAAGUAUCGAAUAACAGAUAUAUGCAAAAUUAAAUGAGAUCGUACAUUCGUAACUACGCAAACAUAUUGCUCACCCUAGCAAACUCACUCAAGGCGUACAGCAAUGCGGAUUUAACGUUUGAAUUGAAAAUUCGGGAUUUGGUAUGUAGAGUUGUUUAAUAAUUCUCGACUGAUUCGUGUUAAGGAUAGUGAUACAUAUUCAUUAAAUAGCUUUUAUGAUUGUCACUAUGAAAUCGAUUUGUACUUUAUAUUACGUAAUUCCAGUUCAACAUCAUAAUAGACAAUUUAUCACCUUUUUGAAUAUUGAAAAUACCCAUACCUUUUCU